AUGUGGCAACUCGAGGUGCUAUUAACCGGGAUGGUGACAAACGCUGACUCAACCAAGAUAGUGAGGAAAUCACAAUCGCUAACGCGAGCCAUGAUCCCAGAACGUUACAGAACGCCGACUAGCAAAUACGUUUCAGUAACCGCGGAGCUAAUGCACGAGCACUGGAAGAAGAUUUGGGUCAUCACGUUGUGGCUCGCAGUCAACGUUUGCCUCUUCAUAUGGAAAUACAAAGAGUUCACCACAAGCCCUCUUUACAACGUCACCGGACGCUGCGUUUGCGCCGCCAAAGGAACCGCAGAAAUGCUCAAAUUCAACAUGGCUUUGAUCUUGGUCCCCGUUUUGAGAAGAACCCUAACGUUCCUGAGAUCCUCUUUCUUGAGCCACUUGAUCCCUUUCGACGACAACAUCAACUUCCACAAGUUGAUAGCGGUUUGGAUCGCUGUCAUUUCCUUCCUCCACACGGCACUACACAUGCUAUGCAACUACCCUAGGCUAAGCUCUUGCCCUCAUGACUUGUUCUCCGCGUACGCGGCAAAACUCUUGGGGCCCAAGCAACCGACCUAUUUAGGUUUAAUGCUAACCCCGGUUUCGGUCACAGGAGUUCUGAUGAUCUUCUUCAUGGGGAUAGCAUUCACGCUCGCCAUGCAUUACUUCAGAAGGAACAUAGUGAAAUUGCCUAAGCCGUUUAACGUUCUUGCUGGGUUUAAUGCGUUUUGGUAUGCGCAUCAUUUGCUGGUUAUUGCCUAUGCUCUUCUCAUUAUCCAUGGUUACAUUCUUAUCAUCGAGAAGCCUUGGUACCAAAAGACGGUAAGUUAA